ACCGUCCUAUACUCACUAUCAAAGGUUGUCGUACAAUAUAAAAACACGCCUCUCGUCACAUGUCCCCUGGCCUCUGAUUGGCUGGAGCACCACGACCUAAAGGCCACCGUAGACCAUCAUCACCGCCUCUCCCACACUCCCUUGGUUUCUUCUGGUGAGCUGUCCUUUGCCUCGCUACUGCCUUUUGUGAUAUUUCUGGGUUUUCUGAAGGAGCUGUUACCACCCGCCUCGUAUUGA